AUGAAGGUUAACACCCCGAACAUGCUUCGCUUCCUCUCUACGCUGGCUGGAGCUACACUCCUUACCCCAACAACCGAAGCCUCGUUGGAGUUCGUGGCGAUGCUUCCUAACGGCGGCAACGUGCCCGACACCCCAGCAAUUGGACACCCUGAUGGCACUGGUGACUCUGCUGCUACGAACGCCUUUGGCGACGCGUUUGCCGAGGCCGGUAACAAGUGGACCACCGAGCUGUGCAUGGCUGACACAGACGGCGACGGUCAAACCAACGGGCAGGAGCUCGGGGACCCGUGCUGCGAGUGGGAUAUGGACACGAACCCCGUUGUGCAGUGGACCGACGGAGUUUCUCACCCAGACGAUGCGACCAAGACUUCGGACGAAAGCUUGUGGGCGAACAUCGUCUGCGGUGGAUCUGGCGCAACGUCCGAGUCGGGGACCACUGAGGCGGUAGAAGGAUCGUCGUCAUCUGCUGGCAACUCAACUGCCUCAGGCUCGUCCAGCAGUAAAACAAGCACCACUCCUACCUCGACUACGGCGGCUCCAUCUUCAAGCUCGCAGAACUCAAGCACUCCAAGCACCAGCAGCGCUCCUGCGCCCUUCAACUCGAUCUUCAUUACUGCUGCCGGCACUGUCGCCGUAGCGGCUUUCAACCUCGUUUAA